GGCGGAGCGGAGCCGCGGCCGAAGCCGCCAGAGCGGGGGCGGCCUGAGGGCGGGGGGGGACGCGGCAGCUGCCGCCGCCGCCGCCAUGGAGGCGAAGCCGGCGGACCCGCUGCUCUGCGACAGUCUCAUCCUCUGGCUACAGACAUUCAAUACAGCUGCACCCUGCAGAGAUGUCCAGGACUUGACUAACGGGGUUGCCAUGGCUCAGGUGCUUCACCAAAUAGAUGUUGCCUGGUUUGAUGCAUCUUGGCUCAGUCGCAUCAAAGAAGAUGUUGGUGACAACUGGAGAAUAAAGUCCAGUAAUUUGAAGAAGAUACUUCAAGGAAUUAUGGACUACUAUCAUGAGUUCCUGGGUCAGCAGAUUGCAGAAGAGCUUAUUCCAGACUUGACCCAGAUAUCUGAGAACUCGGAUCCCACUGAACUGGGCAGGCUCCUGCAGCUUAUUUUGGGUUGUGCAGUCAACUGUGAGAAGAAACAAGAACACAUACAGAAUAUCAUGACCCUUGAAGAGUCUGUUCAGCACGUUGUCAUGACAGCCAUUCAAGAGCUCAUGAGCAAAGAGCUAACAAGUGCUUCCCCUUGUGAUGCAUCAAGUGAAGUGGAACAGCAGCUUAAGAAAGCCUUGGAAGACCUUCAGGAAGCACGAGCAGAAAAAGAGGAAUUGGCACAAAGAUGUCAAGAGCUGGAUUUGCAGGUGGCUGCCCUCCAGGAUGAGAAAAACAGCUUGAUGUCAGAAAAUGAGAUUAUGAAUGACAGACUAGAGCAAUUAGACGACUCUCUUGAUGAUCCCAAUACCAUGGUUGCAAAAAAGUAUUUUAGUGCACAGUUGCAGCUGGACCAAUUGCAAGAAGAAAACUUCAGGCUUGAAGCUGCAAAAGAUGAGUAUCGUGUCCAUUGUGAAGACCUAGAAAAGCAAUUGAUUGAGCUGCAACAUAGAAACAAUGAACUGACCUCUCUGGCAGAAGAAUCGAGAGCCUUAAAAGAUGAAAAUGACAUUCUUAGGGCUACUGCAGACAAGGCAAGCAAGCUGGAGUCAACAGUGGAAGUGUAUCGAAAGAAGCUGCAGGACCUGAACGAUUUCCGCAGGCAGGUCAAGUCCCUGCAGGAGACCAACAUGAUGUACAUGCACAACACCGUCAGUCUGGAGGAUGAGCUCAGGAAAGCCAACGCAGCACGAGCCCAGCUGGAAACCUACAAGAAACAGGUCCAGGAGCUUCAUAACAAACUGUCUGAAGAAUCCAAAAGAGCUGAUAAGCUGGCAUUUGAAAUGAAGCGACUUGAAGAAAAAUAUGAAGCUUUGAUGAAAGAAAAAGAGAGACUAAUAGUGCAGUGUGAUGCAUUAAGAGAGACAAAUGAGGAGCUCCGGUGUGCACAGAUGCAGCAGGAUCACCUGAGUCAAACAGGUGAAAAAAGCCAUGAGAAUCUUGCUGCUGAAAUUCUGCCAGUGGAAUAUAGAGAAAUGUUUAUUCGGCUGCAGCAUGAAAAUAAGAUGCUGCUGCUGAAACAGGAGGGAUCAGAAAAUGAACGGAUUGCUGAGCUCCAGGAAGAGCUGGAGCAGAAGCACCGGACAGUGAACGAGCUGGAAACUGAGAAAAGGCUCAAUGAAGAGCGUAUUGGAGGAUUACAGCAGCAGAUUGAAGAUCUGCAAAAGACUUUACAGGAGCAGGGAUCCAAGACUGAAGGAUCCAGCAACCUGAAGCAGAAACUGGCAGCACACAUGGAAAAGUUGAAUGAGGUUCAUGAUGAGUUACAGAAGAAAGAGGCUGAUCUUGCAGAGCUCCAGCCUGAUGACAGUCAGAACCCCCAGAAGAUUGGAGAGCUGGAAGCAGCUUUAAGGAAAAAAGAUGAGGAUAUGAAAGCAAUGGAAGAAAGAUAUAAAAUGUACCUUGAAAAAGCAAGGAAUGUGAUAAAAACUUUAGACCCCAAGCUAAAUCCAGCAUCAGCAGAAAUUAUGUUGCUCAGAAAACAGAUACUGGAAAAAGACAAAAGAAUUGAAGCACUAGAGAAUGAAUACAAAAUGGCCAAGCUACGUGACUAUGAGGAAAAGCUGAUUGUAACUGCAUGGUACAACAAGAGCCUGAGUCUGCAGAAGCUGGGCAUGGAAGCCAGGCUGGUGGGCAGCAGUGGCAGCUGCGCGGCCGGGCCCGGCCGCUCCUUCCUGGCGCAGCAGCGUCACGUCACCAACACCAGGAGGAACCUCACUGUUAAAGUACCAGGUGCAACAUCUGAUUAAACACGAGGACAUGAAGAAGACUCACAUGCUAAAGUGUCCUUAAAUGUUUUAUACCUUUCCACUUUACCUACUUGAUGAGAGAGGAGGUUAGAAUGCUGGGCAGCUGCAAAUGGCAACAUCAGAUCCUGUCAGAAAGGGAUUAAGGUGAUCAGCCAGAAGGUAGCAUGUAGUUUUCCAAGUAGAUUUAAUAACUGCAGCAUGUACAAGCACAACUUAAAAGAUUUCUAUUUGCCUUCAGAUUAUAUUGUAAAUAUGAAAUUUGGCACUAUAUAUUUAAAACUUUAUUUAAGUGGGUUCGGGCUAGAAAGUUGACUUUUAUAAUGGGAAGAUGUUAUGCAAAGGUGUACUUCAGGAAACUGGCAAUAUUGGGCGUUUUUGCUGGGCUCUUCUGAAAACAGAUCUAAAAGAUUGGUAACAUCUUUUAAAAAAAGUCUUUUUUAGAAUAGUAAGUACAAUUUUAAAAACAGCAAAGUACUUGCAUUUAUAGAAGAAGAAAAUAAAGGUGUGAUACUAGUUGUAUGUAACAGAAGACAGGAUUUGUUUUAUGAGAAGCAGAAUUUCUCAGUUUAUUAAAAAAAAAAAUAAGCAAAGCUUAAGUUGGUGCAUGUAUGCACUGAGGAAAACCUGUCUUUAAGAUGUUGAAUUCAUUUAAGCCAAAAAAGCUUGUCUUUUCCUGGGUAAGAAAAAAGUUACUAUACUAACUCAAAAGUCUGGGCUAUAUUUUAAAAGUCUGGCAUAUUGGUAUACUGCAUUUAUCUGCAGAACGGGGAUUAGGUGGGAAGGAGCCCCAUUUAUUUCAAUUUAUUUAUACAAGCCUGUGCAUGGAAAUGGCAUUUCCUCUUUUUUAAAUAUAGUUUCACUUGGCUAUUCUGAACUAACUGUGCUAGGCAGAGGAGUGAGAGAUGGCUUUGGCAGGUACUGGCAGCAGAGGUUGUUUGUUGGCAGGGAGCAAAGUGCAUAAACUGUUUGAUUGAAGAUUAAAUGGGAGUUUUUACCUGAAAUCUGUGUGCAGGAAGUUGCUGUUUUUCACAAAACUUGUGACGUUAUUUCCCAAAUGUCUCACUCUUGUUUUUAAUUGUAAUUUUAGGAAACCUGUUAAUGUCUGUUCUUUGCAAAUGGUCUAGGAAAGGUUCGUUAUACCAAUAGUUAAAUAAAAUAAAAUUGCAGCAGCCCUUAAAAUGAAAUGAAUACAUUUAAUUUAAGUAUUGGAGGGUGCUAUACCCGACCACCAUCUAAUAUAAAAUUCAGCUGACUGUGAGAAUGAAAACACACCUGUCUUACCAUUAAGGCCAUCUUUGAUUUGAGAACAGGGUUCAGCUAUACAGAAUUUUAAAGUUUUGAAUUGUGACAUUUGGAUAGUGUGUCAUUUUGCCUGCCCCUCACUAUAGCUUGUCCUUUGAUUUCUUCCUUCCCCAACAUUUGAAGUCUUUAAUUGGGUAUUGCAUGUCAUGCCAGAGAAAAGACAAGCAUUCAUUUUUGCUACAACUUACUUAGGGUUGCUUCUUAGUUGUGGUGGUUGUUUUCCAGUGCUGUAUGUAUGAAUAGGCAUUCAACAGAUUUCCUCCUUCAGAAAGCAUUGUUUAAAAGCCAGGCUUGUGCUCAGUGUGGCAUGAGCCAGACACAUGGCUGUUGGAGAGUUGUCUGUGGUGUUCUUCAGGACUCUGCUUCUUUGGACUACCUCGUGGGUUUUGAGGUCUUUCAUUGCUGCAGUGGUGUUAGUGGAGCUGGUGUUGUUAAGGUACAGUUGCAUAUUUAAUUUGCCAGUGCUGUGGGUGGGAGGGAGGUGGUGGUUGAGCAGUGGAUCAGGAGAUUAAGGCUUAGCAAGAUGCUUCCAUUCCUAAAGUCUGGUAUUUGGUGUGUUCUAGUGAAACGUGGAGCUGUUUCUGAUGGUGUUGAGUGGGUCUCUUAAGCCUUGUUCAUUGCAGCAUGGAAACUUUCAUGGAUGUCCUUCAAAUACUCAUGUAGUUGGUAGGCUUGAUUUGUUGUACUCCUCCCAGUAGUGGAGCUGUGUCAGUAGUCUGUCAGGUGCUGAAUAGUGACAAACUUGGAGCAAUGUCUUUGACUUACACUUCUCAAAACUGCAGACCCUGGGACCAAAAAAUAAUUAAGAACCUCCCUAUCAUUUAAUUAGAAGCCUUUUUCAGGGCACAGUUGUCCCCAGUAAUCAUGUUGGGGUUGCCAAAAUGAAUCUGGUUUUCAGGUAUUGGAUGAAAUGUUGUUUAUUUGGGGCUUUUCCAAACUGUUAAGAGUGAAGCCUGUGAAUAUCACUCUAGGGUUUCUUUGGGACUGAGAACCUGUUUAAAACAGCUUUUAUACAAGUAGUUCAACCUGGGUUCUGUCCUGUGAAUGAGGAACUGAUGUGUGGAAAUAAAUACUGGAUUAUAAGCCAUGGUGUUGUAUUCACUUCAGCUCAUCUGCCUGUGCAGGAAGGACCAUUAGGUCAGGAUCAUUUUAAUGUUUGCUUCACCCAUGUCAAACCAAAAAGCUGCUAAAAACUCUGCUGUGUUACAGCUGAGCUGUGUCCAGCAUGCAGCAGCAGAGCCCUGUCACUCCAUGUCCUUUGGUGCACCAUGGCUGAGGCAGGAGGAACAGAGAGACCCCUUGGCUCUCCUGAAAGGUGAAUUUGUACCAGCACAGUUCAUAUGAGGUGAAAAAAUAUGAGGUGAAACCACUGAAUCCUGCUGAAGUUAAAUGGCAUUAUUAGGAAUUUAGCCAGUUUCCAGUAAAAAACGGGUAAUGUAGAUCCAAAGAAACAAAAAAAUAUGUUCUGAUUGACAUAUCAUUUAUUAAUUAUUUUUAUAUAAGAUUAAUUACUAUGGAGGAGAAGUGUUUUAUAGCAAUAAUACAAAAUAUGGACUAGUAGGUUCUUUUACUCAAGAUGGGUCAGGCAGCAGUUUUGAGAAGAUUAUUUUGCAAUAGACUUAUAUAGUGGUUUAAGAAACGUUCACUGAAAAUAAAUUUUCACCUGAUUUUUUUGUUCAUUAAAAAUAUAUAUAUAUGGGUAUUCUAUUUUCUAUGAUAUACACUUACUUGGAAAUAAGUAAUAUAAGCAAUACUGAUGUUCUAUUUAGGUAGCCAUAAAUAGUUUAGAAAUUAGGAAAUGAAAACAAUUGUUUAGGAGUUGGUAGUGUCUAGUACAACAAUUUUUUUACUUGUUUCUUUUUCCUCUUCCCCUAAGUUAAGGUUUUCAGUGUAUCGGUGUCUACAUCUUCUGUUUAAAACAAAUGUAAACACUGUGUUGCAUAGAACUCAAAAAAUUGCACUAAUUUUUAAACUUUUUGUUUUAUUUUUUUCUUUGGAAAAAAUCCUUUUAUAUUCACAUAAAGAUUUUUAAAAUUAA